GAGGUCUGCCAUGGGAGAUACGGCUGCUUUGGCCUCCAUCCAAAUCUUCUGGUGUUUUUUCCACAGGCACCCUCCCGGGUUGGUACAACAUUUCACCUGUAUACCAGGAACAACAGACAGACUUCUCAGAUCAUUGAUGACAGCGACGUAAACAAGCUCAGGAAUUCAUUCUUCAAGAUCUGCAGACGAACGAUUUUUAUUAUUCAUGGAUUUAGAAGUUGAGAUUUAGCACUUAAUAAUUUUAAAGUUGACUAGACUUGUUAGUAUACAUUUGGUACAUUAAGGGGCCCCUUGGAGAACAGAGUUACAUACAUAGUGAACCAUUCGCGCGCCGUAGUCCGCCAUUUUAUAAAAUCUUAUAUUUUAAGAUGCAGACGUCGUCGGGAACAAUUGAAUUUCGCGGGAAAGACUUAUCUAAAAAUAAACAUACCAGUGAAAACGCCGUUGCACGUUCCAGAUCAUGGGCUCCUGUUGCAUUACAAUAAUGUUAUGGCAAUGAAAAGACGGGAAAAGACAGACGCGCUCUAUGUAACUGUGGCCUUAGAUUAGAGAUAUAGCCUAGAGGUGACAUUGCCAAAAAAAAUUAGAUGGGAUGGUUCGCAUAGUAUAAAAGCGCUAUCGAGGUGGACAGUUCUAGCUUAGUCUAUGUAUGGACAAAAUACUCUGUUGUGACCAUUCAAAUGAAAGCUAGUGAACAGUGCUUGCAUAUGGCGAUAUUUUUUUGCUAGUAAUCAACAAAAUCAAAUUUAAGCAUUUUGUCAAAUUUUGACUGUGUGGUCACUAGACGUGUAGUCUGUCGGAAAUGGAAGGUUUAAAACAAACAGUCUAUGAUCAGUUUAACUUAACUGUUGGUCUGAGUCUCAAUGGUUCAAAGACUUGAAUUGCCUGUGCAUGUUGUUUUCGAAAAAAAUGACUAAUCGAAGUUUUUGUGUUUUAAAUAGGCGACAUUAGUGGUAAUUUUAUGAGAAUCAAAGACGCGCUGUUGAAUCGUGAAAACUGUAAUGUGAUUCUGAUAGACUGGUCAAGAGGAGCUGACUUCCCAUAUGGUCAAGCCGCUGGCAAUACUCGGCUUGUUGGGGCUCAGAUCGGAGAGCUCAUAAGGUUCCUCAUUGCAAGUUUUUCUCGCCCUCCUAGUGAUGCUAAAAAUUUUUACAUUGUGGGGCACAGCCUGGGAGCGCAGACCGCAGGAUACGCUGGGAGUUAUUUGCGGGCUCGUGGAUUCAGCUUGGGCCGCAUAACAGGUAAAUAAUAAAGUACGUGUUAAAAAUUGGAAAAAAAGGAACAUGUCAGUACACUAAUACUUGGUCAUGAUAACUAGCCAUAAUUGGAUGACGCCGAGUAUGAUAUGAAAAAUAACUGAGAUCGAGGAUAGUGUUAUUGGCCAAGAGGGGGAUCACUCUCCUAGAUCUGCAAAGCUAUUUAGAUCAUUCGAAAGCCGAAUCCAAUAAUUCGGCCAAUAACACCUUCCUCGAUCUCCAUAAUUUUGUUUCUUGGUGUUGCAGACGGGUGUAAUCACCAAAUGACGUAAUACAAAAGAUUGAAAAGACAACAAACAAUUUGCACUUACACCAAAAGCGAAACAGCAAUAGUUUGUGAAAUACCAAGAGACAUCGAACCCAAUAUAAUUGUUAUAAUAUUCAUAAAAUAUAUAUGUGUUAUUUAAACAUGCUUACCUUAAUCGUUGUUAACUUCUGGUUGCCUUCAUUGGUCUAUCUGUUCCUUUGUAAAUUCAUGAUAUAAAGAGAUGUUAAUACUCCACUAGAUACUCUUUUGUUUUUGCUUUUCUUGCUGAUUUUACUCAGGGGUUCCUCUUCGCAAAAAGUGUGGAAAGUUAAGCCCACAAAUUUCCCCCAAAAGCUGCGUGUUCCAAAUUUGGUCAAAGCUAUUGAAGCUGGUUAUGGAGAAUUGUCCGCGGGGUUUUAAGCCAAUCAGAAAUGGAGAUGUAUUUUGUUUGAAAAAUAUAAGCAUUAAGCAUUUUUAUUGGCUGUUUAGGCUUAGAUCCCGCCAGUGUGCAUUUCAUAACAGACCGAACGGACCUUCGUCUUGAUGAAAGCGACGCUCUGUAUGUUGACGUGAUUCAUAGCAAUGCUGGGGUUUUGGGUACCACCAUUGCAAGCGGUCACACCGACUUUUGGCCAAAUGGAGGAAUUCUUCAACCAGGCUGCCUAGAACCUGGUAAGCAAUUAAAAAGUAGAGACAAUUAUCAUACAUUCGCACGAAAUAUUUCUUAUCCUCCUAUUGGUAAAGUAUUUUAAGAUAGUCUUAGAUUCUGGAUUACUGAGCUGUAAACUGCUCCGGAUUCCAGGUGCUGGAUUUCAGAUUCCUUGAACUGAGUUCCGGAAUUCUAUAAGCGAAAAUGUCCUGGGAUCCGGAUUACCUUACAUAGGGCGACUCUUACUUUACUGAUAUAUAGAUUUAGCCAGAACUAAAAAAAAGAAGCUCCCUUUUGAACAUUUUAAAUUUACUGCAGACAAUGGACUUUAAACUAUUGAAAAGACCACAAAUCUAUAUAUAACUUGGGCCCGCGAUCAAUUAAAAACUAGCAACUGGUCAGCUGUAAACUUAAAAAACACGUGACCUCAAUGAGUUGGCACCUUAGCCCGCGAUACGGCUAUGUGACACUGGUCAGCGGAUACCUUGUUUUACAUGAUGUACGUACCUUUUAACACUCGUCAAUUGGCCAUAAUAUGGAUGUUUAUUAUCAGGUUAAACACAGAUAUACAGGCUCGCACACUAGCUAGAAAAUUUGACAUUUCACAUUAGUUGCCCUGUCCGGUGGGUGGACGGGCGUACGGUCACAUGAUUACCAAAAUUUUUCGGAUAGAAAGGUAUUGAGACCGGCCGCUACAAUUGAGAGCUUUCUGCCAUCUACCUACAAAUUCUCAGUUUUGUUGACCAUAUUAGAGGUUGAAUAGACAUUUUAUGCCAUCCACGCUUUUGAAUUUAUUGGUUGAAUACAUUUUCCCUUCAAAGAGGCUUUAAUAAUAAGGGGUCUGAUAAAAUCAAGAAGUUGGUUAAUAAUCAAUUGUGCUCGUUAUUCUUUUAGGCUGCAGUCACAGCAGGGCGCAUUCGUACUACCUCGACUCUGUUAUAGGAUCAUGUUCCUGGAGAGCCUAUUCGUGUGCUAACUACCUCAUAUUCCUUACCGGAAUAUGCAAAAGCUGUAAUGGUGAAUGUCCAAGCAUGGGGUACGAAGCUGAUCGUACUAAAAGGAGAGGCCGCUUCUACUUACUAACAACCUCGAGUGCCCCUUUUUGUGGUAUGUACUCUAUUAAUAAUGACACAUUCGUGUAAGCCGGCCUUUCGACUGAUCUGCUAAUGUUAUAGCUUUUUUUGCCUAGGGGUCUGUAUACGGGGAAGCUCCGCCUCAAAGUCCGACCUCUCAACUUUUAUAUACCAUUUUUUUAAGAGUAAAAAUUGGCAGUGGGGAAUUAGCUGACCGAACUGGUUAGUGUGUAUAACUUUUCUACCCUAAUUUCUUUCCCUCUCAAAUCAACCCCACUCCCACCACCUCCCUCCCAAAAAGCAAACAAACUGCCCCUUAAACGGGGUUUCUGCUACAUCGAAACCGCGAGAGGUAGUACGUAUUGCCACUUUUUUUUAUUUACUCGAGUCGACCGAAGUCAGCAUGCUCAUUCCAUAUUCCGGUGUUAAGGAGAUCUUGUCCUCAAUUUCCCGUAAUUUGUGAUCAUUUCUUAUAUUCUCAAGACCGUUCUGUUUGAUUAAACUGUGAAUCUCCAAGGAGAAAUAAGAUGCUGAUCAUGCGUAAAAAGAUUUUUUUUAUAAUAAAAGAUAAAAGGUCCUCUCUUGUAUUUGAUUAUUGUCACUAGUACUGACAUCUUAUGGGUCUGGUGCAUGAGAUAUGGAAUCGAUACUUUUGCUUAAGGUAUGGCAAACGAAACACUCCAAACAUUGAAAUAAUAAUAAAAGGAUAAAUUCAUAACUGGCAAAAGCGCGAUCACGUGUGCCUACACUUCUAUGCUCUAAGUGUGUGGGCGAAAGAGCUUAAUAGGUUAUUUUCUCCUUUAUUGCAGGAAGGUCACCCUGACGCCGAUGGAAAUCAAAGAGUAGAUCUCGACUGGACAAAUGGUGCAAUUUAUUUGCUUUGUUGAACUGGAUUGAUAAAUGUGAAAUUUAAUUCCAGAUUAGUGUCUUCCUGUCUGUAAUAAACUAGAUAAAAGGUUUUGAAGUGUAAAUGUAUUCAUUUACCCAGGUAUAUCUUAGACUGUCUCUUAUUUUCUUUUGAUUCGGCAAUAGAUCGAAUUUCACGGGCGAGUGGCACGCGUCGAUGCAAAGCCUCAAGGAACGAGGGAGGUGCCCGAGCAAAGGAAAAAAAAAGGGAGCAUAGACAAAAUAAUCCCCUUUUCUCUCUCCGCCCCAAUCUCUCCUCCUUUUUGCUGUUAAUUGCAGGGAAAAAAAAGGCCUAUUAUUCUUCCUUAGCGCCGCCUCCCGACGUAAACGUUGUUCACAAUGUCGUUGAUUGAUGUAACCCUGUAAUCAUCAUUCAUGCAAUUUCAUACCAGUUUAACUUCCUCGGGUUUGGCGCAUAGAAAUCUUUUAAAUUUUAGAUAUGCUAUAUUUUUCAACAUAACAAAGUAACAGACGAAAUAAAAAGUUGUUCGAAUGAGUCUUAAGCUGUCUUAAUUCAACUCUAAAAUUCAAAUUUCGCGCUUUUCGCUGCAUUGACCACUUAGAGCAUUCAGAUUUAAUUUGAUUAGAGAAAUAAGCGCCUGAAAAAGAACUGACGCUAUUGCCGCGGGCUAUUGUUUUUCUGCCUCCUUCUUAGCUGGACCAUUACUUAAAUAUAAAGUCUAUUUUUCCUCUGCAUGGGUAUGACAGAAGAGUCUCUAUACGUUUAUUCUGUUCUGUGGCUUAUGACUGUAACUAAAGUCGAAUCGAAAUGCGCCGAUCAGUCUUCAGACCCAAUAAAUCACAGCUUAACCAAUUAGGUCAUCGUGAUUUAUCCAACUAUGCCAAUAACCGCAGUUUAAAAUAUCACAAUGACCAUUGACGUGAUACAACUCACUUUGACUCUGAAGAUGACUCGCAGGUUUUCGAAACGACGUCCGUCAAUUUCAACAACAAUCCUAUUUAGAACUACACUAACCUAACAGUCAUAUUCUACUAAAACCCCGGACAAAAUCUUAGUUGGGACACUUAGGUCGAUUUCACCCUCUUCCACACAAAGUGUGAAUAUCCGGAAUCCGGAAUCCAGUUCCUGAAGUUCAGAAAUUCCAGAAUCUAAUACCGUCUUGGAUUACCUUAUGAUCAGAAGCGAUUAAGUGCUAUUAGCUUUUGGUAUUGGCUAGCAGUUAUAUCGUCAUGAAGCCUAACAAAUUAAUUUCGAGUGCUUACUUACCAAAUAUCAUUCUAUUGAAUAGCAAUCGACGAGUAAUUGAAGCUCGGUUUUACGCGGGGAAUUAUCUUUGAAAUCGUUUUGUAACUUGUGAUUUCACAACAAUGCUGUUUUCGCUGGCCUGUUUGAUCCUUUUGGAUUUAUCCAGUGGUGAGUUUUAAAGUUUAAACUUAUAUUUUAAAGAAUGUGUGUAAAAAGUCACAUUAAAAGAUAAAAUGAUACUAGACAUGUCUUCUUUCAUAAUCAAUCACUUUAUGCGGUUAUAAAAGAUUAUUUAUCUUGGUGAUAUAAGUUAAGUAGACUUUUUCAGUCGAGAUAAAGCAAAUUAACACGCCAUUUGUUUUCGAUUUGUUUCACAAAGUCUCUGUGCUGUUCCACUGGCGGAACUGAGGGAAACUGCGAAGACGUGCCACAUAUGAAGUACUCAAACGGAAGCAGUUCAUCUUCUGUAACAAGACGAUUCAUAACAAUUCAUGCCUUUAUUCAUGCAGAUUAUAAUUACGCCAUUAUCACCAUUCAAGGCGUGCAUACGUGCAUGCACGCUGGGAUAUUGUCCCUGGAUAUAUGACCCUGUAUAUUUAUGGUCAUAGAGCGGUUUUCAUUUGAGUGUCGAAAAGUAACUGGUUUUGCACUUUUCUGCGCCACCUUUUCAUCCAAUCAGAAGUAAAACCAAAGCCAAUUGUGACGCGCUCGCAUGCAUUUUCCCGCGCUUUGCGUCAGCCACAUGUAAUUCCUUCGAGUUUUGAUUGGUUCAGUGUAUUGUCUGUGUCCUAUGUGAUUGGCCAGAGUAAUUACUUUGGUUUUGGUUUUACGACACUCAAACGAAAACCACUCUAUUAGGCUCGAAUAAAAAAGUCACUUUUUAUAUUACUAGGUUUCCUGUGGCGAUCAAAGGUCUGCCAUGGGAAAUAUGGCUGCUUUUACCGGCAUCCAACUCUUCUGGUGCGGCUUCCACAGCGACCAUCCCGGGUUGGAACAUCUUUUCACCUGUUACCAGGAACAACAGGCAGACUGCGCAGAGCAUUGAUGACAGAGACGUAACUAAGCUCAAAAAAUCAUUUUUCAAGAUUCAAAGACAAACAAUUCUCCUUGUUCAUGGGUUUACAGUUACAGGUGAAAGCAUGAACUAGUUUAUGUUCAAAUAUGAACAUUUAUCAACAUUUUGUGAAGGUCUAAAAGACGGGAAAACAUGAUGGUGAUCUAACAAGGCGUUCAGCCUCCCAGAAGCUUAGACGCAUGUCAACCGGAAGACGCAUGUUAACCGGAAGUGAGGUCUUUUUCAUUUUAAAUACCUUGAAGCUAACAAAUUGGUAUUUAGCAUCUUUACUUUUAUAAAGAAGACUUGUCAAAAAAUUUGGGCAAAACCACCGUCCAAAAAUGGAAAAAAAUCCACUUCCGGUUGACGUGCGUCGCUGAAAAACGUCUUUGCUUAAGUUCACUAUUAUCCGGGGGGGGACUCCCCAUAUGAAAGGGGUGGGGGUGCUCGUCGUCUCGCUUAGGGGUAUAAAUUUCGGAUUUUGGUCUCACUUAGGGUGUUCUGGGCAAAACGCUAUCAUAUUUAGCCGUGAAGGACUCGUUUAGGGUUGCAGGCAAAAAAGUAUAAAAAUAUAUAUAUUGUCCGUGUUUUAACAUGGUCUCUUUUAGGGGUCAAAAAAAGCUUGGGCCCCGCCCAGAUCGGUCUGCUUUAGGGGUUUAAUUCAAAAUUUCCCACGAGCAUCCCCACCCCUUUCAUAUGCGCCCCCCCGCCCCCCGGGACUAUUAUCUGUUUCGGAGAAGUACUCUUUUGUAAAAAAAACACCGACGUAUUAUUUAUCAAGAGAUUUAAAUAAGGACUUUUAUUUGCGAGUGUUAGAACAUCCACUAGCGACGCAACGGUGUGGCAUUAUAAAAUUCUUAUCGAAAUAUCAACCCUGAAAUCCUGAUUGACUGUUCAAAACAGACUGGAAACCUAGACGCCACGUUGUAAACUCUUGCUACCCCGAUCUUCUUUAUAUUAUAUGAUUUCCGCUUUCUAGCUGUAGCACAAAAUUUGAAUUGCGUGACUAGAAACACCUCGUUUUCUGGCAAAUACAGACGGACUAGACAUUUUACUUUCUCAAAAUCUCUUAAUAAGGCCAAAAGCUAUCUUUGCGUAAAAUUGCCGUUGCGGGUAUAGAGUAUAUCUUUACACCUCCUCGCGAGGUGGUUUUUAACCUAUCUGGUUAAGAAAUUCUAUUAUUCUUUCUUGAUUUGCAUAACCCGUUUAGAACUCGAUUAAGACUGUAGAAAAGCCGGCCGCACUCGCAGUUUUUUUCAACGAGUUAACUUUAAUUAGAUGAAUUGGAAAUAACUCGGUUACAUGUCCCCACUGAGGUGCGGCCGAAACCUUAAAAUCAGACUUACGUUUAAAAUAUUACAUCAUUUGAUUAAGUUCGCUUCUUUAAAAAGGUAGCACCAAGGCCUUUAAUAUCCAAAUGAAAGAUGCACUGCUGAAUCGUAAAGACUUGAAUGUCAUACUAGUAGACUGGUCAAAAGGUGCUGGCUUCCCAUAUUGGCAGGCUUCAGGGAAUACUCGACUUGUUGGGGCUCAGAUAGCAGAACUCAUAAGGUUCCUGAUCACCAGUACGAAGAGCCCUUCCAGCUUUGCUCAUCGAUUCUACAUCGUGGGGCACAGCCUUGGAGGUCACACAGCAGGAUAUGCCGGGAGCUAUUUGCGGGCUCGCGGAAUGCGUUUGGGCCGGAUAACAGGUAAAUAGUCAAACUUGCGUUAAAAUGAACAAGUCAGAAAAAAAAAAAUGCGAUAUAAAGGUAGCACAUCCACGUAGUGGUUCUUCGCCUAAAUCAUUCCUGGUCGAGUUGGAAUAAGAAAAUGUUGGUUUUUGAGGCGAGGGAAAAACCGGAGUAGCCCGCGGAACUUGAAGACUUCUCGGAGCACCAAGGAGAGAACCAAUAACAAGCUAACGUACACUAAUCAUUUGAUAAUCAUUUUUAAAGGUUUAGAUCCCGCUGGCCUGUACUUUAAAAACGCCCGGACGAGCUUUCGACUUGAUAAAAGUGAUGCCCUUUAUGUUGAUGUCAUCCAUACCGACGCUGGGUUUUACGGGACAACUACAACAAGCGGGGACAUAGACUUUUAUCCAAAUGGCGGGAAGAACCAGCCAGGCUGCCCUUUUAACAUAAUUCGUAAGUGAUCUUCGAUCAGACAAUUAUUAGCUAUUGGAAAUAUUAUGUCUGAUGAUAGGCUUAAAUCUUUCAGCUAAUUUAGCCGUUUAUAACCAGUUAGGACUGACAGCAAGUGGAAGAUUUUACUAUUGUUUAACUGUUAACGAUAAUAAGGGAAAAUGGCUUUUUGAGGAAAUGCUGGUUAUUUACGCCUUUCUAGCUCGUGGUUUUGUGAUAUAACAUAUUUCAACCUCAGACUGUGUCCUUGGUGAAUAUGUUAUGUAUUAUAACCCUUGCCUCAGGCUGAUAACCCUCGCUUUUUUUGCCCCAUGUCAUUUAAGGCGAGAUAUCCACUUCUGUGUUAGUUUUUUACACGUGUCUCUUUUCUUAUUCUUUUUUUAAGACGACUGUGACCACAUGAGGGCACUAAAGUACUACAUCGAGUCUGUGAAAAGAUCUUGCACCUGGAGGGCGUAUCCGUGUGUUAACUAUGACACAUUUAAGAGAGGGAGUUGCCGUAGCUGUAAUGGUGCAUGUCCACGCAUGGGUUAUGAUGCUGAUCUUACUAAAAGGACAGGAAAGUUCUACUUAAAAACAACCUCGAAUGCUCCUUUUUGCUGUAAGUGUGCUUUUUCAUAGUGGCACAUUGAUGAAAUUAGAUCUGCUUCAGUUUCAAGCGCUUUGCUCUUUAAAGGAAAAAAAAAUUGAAACGUUUUAAACGGCCUAUAAUACACCUGGAAUUUCAGUUUACGGCUUUCUUUCAUUAUUCAAAUCCCUACAAGUCGUUUGACAUCAGUUCCUUUGUGACUGUCACAGUACUGUUAAUACAGGUCGCAUUGAAUUAAGUUUCGCGUGAUUUCCAAGAUGUGGUAGUCAGCAUGGAGGGGGAUUUUUUAGUGCAUCUGUUUACGUCGGAAUUCCGUACACUAAAUUCAAAAUAGUAGAGGUAACGCAGAGACCAAGUUGUACACAAUCAUGGGUGGGGUUUAUACUGCCCGGAGCACUCUCUCAACAGGGCUUCUGAAACGCGAACGGCACCUGAAUGGUAUCGCCACUGCCCUGUCCUUCUUAAUAUCCCUAUAAACACCAGAAUGCAUAUUCUCCACACCAUGCUGCAUAUACAUUUCCUGAUGUAUUGAUUCACAGUGCGACUACACGAACCGGGCCACUCGGAAUAGAUUAUCCAAUCACAAAGUUUUUUUGAAAACAAAAGAGUCAAGUUAUUAUUUCUUUUGCAAACGGACCAAUAAAAUUCAACCCUCAACUAUCCAUUUUAUUGCAGGAAGGAAGCCCCAAGGCCGAUAAAAACGGAACUGUGGAUAGUGGAAUAGCAGAGUAUCGUGCUGAGUGCAUAAUCAUGUAUGAAUAAUAGUUUGUAACCUUUUUCUUUUUCGGAUCUCAGAAGACCAUUCUUAAGGCGAACAAAAAUAUAUAUUUCAAUCCUAGGAUAUUUUUUCUGAAUUUCUCUCUUUUCCCAGAACGCAGACAACAAUGAACAAAAUAAAACAAAUCAUAACAAUUUUGUACUUUGUCUUUAAUUGCUUAGUUUUCAUUCAGUCAGUUUAAGCACCCGGUACAAAACGCUAAGUAGAGUCAUUUUAUGCUGGUUGCUGUCAGGCUGUCAUUGUACGUUUUUAAUCGGCCCAGCGAUUUCACAUUUGCAGUCAGUUUUAUAAAAUAAGCAAAGAAAUAAAUGAAAAGAAAAAUAAUAUAAUAUUAAUUUCAGUUAAUCAGCUGUCUUUGUUUUCUCUCUAACGCCAACUUGAAUGUACACACACCCGUGGAGACGAUUUUUAUUGUCGGAGUCAAAAUUUACGCUCCUGGCCGGUCAAUUGCAACUGCGCAUGCUUAAUAAAAAAUUUCCCAUUUGAGAUACAUUACCUGUAACGAUGGGAAUAGAAGGAAUGCGCGUAAAUUCUCUUAUAUCGUAACAAAAGAAAAAAAUCCAUCGGUAAUGCAUUUUCGUAAGUAAAUGUAGUUUUAGCUUCAAAGCCAAGAGAUUAAAGCAUCGAAUAAGCUGUACCAAUAGUUUUCAUUUCCAGAUACUCUUCAAAUUAUUUUUGUUAUUGACAUUUUCCUCCACCUGACAAACAAUCUUCUUUCUUUGCUAACGAUUAGUGCGUACAAUUAUUGAAAUAACUUAACGUGCUUCUAUUCAAAGUAAUUCCUCGAACUCAGAAUCGGUUUCUUUCAGCUGCACCGACAAUGUUGUCAGUGGAUGAGACAAAGCAAAACUGUAAUUUAAAAUAAUUUAAAGUAAUUAGUACGCCCUAUCGUAACGUAACAUCUCUUGAAGUGACUUAAACUUUUGCCACGUGUUUGUAGGUUUAACUGAAGUAUCAUCAGCUCAAGUAAGAACUUCGUUCCAGCCUACGCUUUAGUUAUAUUGUGGUUUGUAGAUUAGAAUAUUGUCUGUAUCUGCCGAAGAUCUAUAAGGCAACUGUAAGAAUAGUAAAAUUAACUAAACUAAAAUUAACUUAUCAAACAUUAACAUUUCGGAAUAAACUAACCAUUAUCUGAUUGCCCAGCUGUCCCAAUUUUUUUUUCAAAAAAAUAUCGUUUUGUCACCCUUCGCAGGUCAAGGUAACGAAAAUCGACCAAGAUUGUUCGUCAUCAGAUCGGAUCACAUUUCGCCGUAAGGCAUAAAAAAUAAUGCUCCCCUUGUAUAUGGUUGUCUUUUGCCUGGCUGGGCCUUUAAGUGGUAAGUAUAGUGACUGUUUGUACAAUCAGUUCUUUGAUAGUCCGAGAUCAAGCUAUCCAUUUGGUUAGAGAAUGGCGAGAGACGAAGAACCUUCUUUUGUAAUAGAUCCAAGAGGAUGAACGCAAAUUUAAGUAUUUUGGUUGGUCAAAAUUCAAGGGUCUCUCAUGCUAAUAUUAGAACUCAAAGAGCCCGUUUCGACUCGCCUUUUAAAAACUCGAACACCACCUCUCUGGUCUCCGAAGAAAAAUGAAAGCUUUACCGUACUUUCUCACAAAGUCUCUUUAAUAUUAACUAAUACAGUCGACUCCCGGUAACUCGAACCCUCUAUAACUCGAACCUCUCGCUAACUCGAAGCAAUUUUCAUUUCCCUUCAGAUCAUUUUCUAUAUAAUUUUACCCUCGAUAACUCGAACUCCCGAUAACUCGAACUUUUUUCUAUUUCCCUUGAAGGUUCGAAUUAUCGGGAGUCGACUUGUAUUCCACAAAUCAGUUAACUUUAGAGCACACUCAUGUGACUUUUGAGAGAAAGGCUAAGUGAUUUUAGAGAAAAAUAAUUUGCAAAAAGUCCAUCUAAGAGUGAACUUAAUCUUACAUCGAGUUGAUAGCCUUAUAUGUACACCCAAAAAAUAGCAAUCAUCUUCGAUCACAUUUAAGAGCCAUAAUGGCUCUUGAUCACAGUAGAUUAGGCCUGGAAAAUAAAUCAGGCCGAAUUUUUUGCGUUCGACAAGUUUACUUUACAAAAUCUUGCCAGCAAGUCUGGGGACGUGCAAACCAACCUUUUAUACUUUUUAUACAUCACAUCUAAGGUGAAACAGUACCAUAAGGCGCUGUUUUUAUCCUACAGACCUCGGACAGAAUGCAGUAUUUCACAAUUUUGCAAUACAAAUUGCACUCAUUCAAUAUUCAGGACGACUCGAAGCACGUGGGCUUUUAGCGAAACCGUUAAAAAAAUUUCCAAAAUCACCUAUACGGCUAGCCGGUUCUCACUUUUGACAAGCGCAAAAGUCGACUGUUUAAAUUAAGAUUAAUAGAGUUAUACGCUUCAACAUGAUAAAGAAUUUUUUAUAUUUAUUUUUUAUUUAAUGGUUUUAUAACGAUGUGUAAUCUUCAAAAGCGUUUGAUACGGGCUGUGUAUAAAAGUGGGACGGGGACAAGGGGACGGGGACAUCGGGACGCGUGUGUGGGGACUUGGGGACGCGAGACGAGGGACUUAAGGACAUCAAGUAUGGGACGUGAGGACGUGUCGGACGAGGACGCGGGGGCGUCAAAUACAGGGACUCGGGAUGUGAAUAAUUAUCGCAAAAGUUGGAGGUAAAUGCGAUAUCGGUCACUUUCCUCGUGAAUAUGUUUUGGUGAAGGUAACCCACCCUGAACUCCUUAGGGUUCCUCCAUGCCUGUUUAUGAAGCGAAGACUCGGCGAAGACCCCCUGCAUUGAAGAAAGUGAAACCGUUGUCCUGGUCUUCUUGCUGAUGGAUCAUUGGAGCCCAAAGCAUGGUAGAGUGGGUUGCGGUUGCCAAAAAUUAUGUAAAAUAACAGCAUUCGAUUCCAAAUAAAUUUAUGAUUAAGUGGCAUAAGUGAGCUUCAAUCCCGAAGUGCUAACUCCGAAAUCCACCGCCUGUACCACUAAAACCACGAGGGAUUCAACUAUUGUGGCAAUAUUUAUUUUGUUCUAAAUAUAUUUUUAGUGGCAAACCUAACAGUAAAUGCCUGCUAACAGUGUUUAAAGGUUGAUAUCAACUGACGCGUUUUUGGCUAUGCACGUUAACGCAAGUAAAUUUUAACCACGUAAAUAACUAAGAUAUAGGCUAGAUAUAAAUUGUUGAGAUUAAACGUGAAGUUGAGCGAGAUUCUACUUUUACGCUUACGUGCGACCUUUCAUACAUUGUCUCUAUCUUAUUUGCGAAUGCCAAUUUUCACACACGUAGGCAUGGAAAAAUUACGCGACAGUGGAAAUCAACCCUUAACCCUAAUCACGAUAGUCAGUGCGCUUACGCCUAUUAAAGAGACAUAUUUUGUGUACACAUCAUAAGGUGUCCAAUGUGGUUUUGGAAGAUGGAAUCUAAUGUUGACCAUAAAUAACACAUUUUCACGAAGAACGAGAUAUCGCAUUUACGUCCAACUUUUGCGAUAAUUAUUCAAAUCCCGCGUCCCUGUAUUUGACGUCCCCGCGUCCCCGUCCCACACGUCCUCACGUCCCAUACUUGAUGUGCUCAAGUCCCUCGUCUCGCGUCCCCAAGUCCCCACACACGCGUCCCGAUGUCCCCGUCCCCUUGUCCCCCUCCCACUUUUAUGCACAGCCUUUGAUACGCUCGGCAUUUUGAUUACUCCUGCAAGCGAUGUUCAUGAGCGACUGAAAACAAACGGCUCAGCGAUUAAAAUUACAAAAGAGACUACUAACAAUCAAUAAAAGGAAAAUAAUGCGAUGAAACAUAUACAGAGACCACAAUUUUCAUUCACGAAGACAAGUAUAUAAGUGUCUCUGAAAAUCCUUGUUUAUGUUUUAAGCCGGCUUGCCGGUGUUUCCUUUUUUCAAAGAUGAACUCAAGGAAAGAAAAUCGCUCUAAGCUUUCUUUUACAGCCAGAAUUAUAACUAAAUAUUCUUUGGAACGUUUGCUUUGUAUUUGCAGUGAGAAAACGUCUAAAGGCUUUUUAAAGUUCUAUAAGCUUAUAAUCAAACCUGAUACUCGGUCAGAUCAUUGUCUAAAUCUUACAAACGCGCAUAAACCAAAUAGCCGCAUAAACUACGCUCGACUUUAUUAUUAAAUUAGAUGUAAAAAACAAACAUCAAAUACAAUAAUUACUCAGGCUUACCAUUCGAGUUGCACUGAAAACUAUCUAGUAAGGCCAGAAUCGCUUCAGACUUUUCAACCGUCUUACGCAUCAAGCAAGGUGAAAAACGAAAACGAUGCCAUCCGAAAUCGGAUUUCCGACUUUGCCAUAGCGACGUAUUUCUCAACCAAAAACCCAAUAAACAAACUAGCCGUGAAUAACAGAAGACUCUUGAUAGCAGCUGAAUUUCACUUUGUACAUUCAGUGGAAAAAGACAGUUAAAAGCAUCACAAGUUGAAGCAAAACUCUCUCAGCUUCAGCUGUCAAAGUAAACAAGAUUUAAGAUGCUGCAUAAAUUUUCCGCAUGAACUCAGCUGUCAAAUUUUGACCAGUCAGAGUAUAAAAAUUGGACGCACAGCGUGACCAACGUGUGAACUUGGUGUGAAAAGUUAAAAGCAACCGGCAUGUCUUCCCUGCCUGUAAAAACUGGCUGAAUUUUAGCUUCCGAGGUCAGUUUGAAAUCAAAAUUUUAAUUGUGCGGCACAUAUAAAACACAACAUAUUUCAUAUGAAUUAAAAAAGAUUAAACUUGAGCCUGCAAUCAUUUGAAAACUAGUAACUUGUCAGCGGAUUAUUUCAAAAAGAUACUCGACCUCGAUGGGUCAACGCCUCAGCCCGCAAUACGGUCAGGUGAUACUGGUCAGCGGAUACCCUGUUUUGACAGCUGUCAAUUGAUCACAACAUUGGUGUGCAAUAUGUGUGCAAUAUCAGUCUUCCUGUGUCCCCAACCUAGCUAGAAAGUGUGAGAUUGAACAUUCGUUGCCCUGUGGUGCGGACGGACGGGCGGGCGGUGUACGGUCACGUGAUUAUCAAAUUUUCUGGGAUGGGUAGAUUUACUUACCCAUGGUGAUCCGCAGGCACGCUUCGCGCGCCAGAACUCCGCUAUUACUUUAAUAUUUUCUAAUAUUUACUAUCGAUGUCUCCUGAAGUGAGUCAUUUCUGAGUUACGCAGAAACCUUUUUUUUCCUUUUUUUUUCAAGUAGUAUUGAGCUUGACAAUAUUUUUUAGAGAAAGUCAGUGUUGGUUUUCUUUUCCACCUAUUCACUUCAGCUGUUCCAAUAGAGACUAUCCGGUAAAUUACAUUUUUAUAAACUAUAGAGGCUUCCAUUAAUUGUUUUGUUUACGUGGUCGUUUUACUAAUAUUUUCUAAAGGCUUUUGUCAGAAAGCGAAGACUAUUUAAAAUCAGCAGUUAAUAGCUGUACUAAUUUGUUUCUGAUUACUUUCAUUAUUUCCUUAAGCUGAAGUCUGCUACGAUAAGUAUGGAUGCUUUAGCAAUGCAGCGCCUUUUGAUCAUCGCUUUGCCUUUCUGCCAUUACCACCAUCGGUGAUCUCGCCAACGUUUGACCUCUACACCAGGUCCAACUUGGAACAGCAGGAGACAAUUAACGAUUAUGACCUAAACAUGCUUCAGCUGUCUCACUACAAUAAAACUAGGAAAACUGUGAUUGUCGUGCAUGGAUUUAUUGGUAUGUAACAUUAUUGCUAUGUAUAGAAAAGACCCCAACCCUCCGAACUCGUACCUGUCCUUCUAAUAGUUCGAGCGACAAUGAUCUCUGCCGGGAAGGAAUUUGACGAAAGGCUCAAAGAAGUUUCCAAAGCAACCUUAAGAAAAGAACUUAAGACGUGCAGAACGUCAAAAAUAAGAACCAAAGGUUGGCCUUUUGUUGGUUGUUAACAGAUCGACGCAUUGACUCAUCCCACCCAUCCUAAUCCUACUUGAUAACGUUGAAACCAACCAAGCAAUUCUUCAACAAUUAUUUUUAUGGGCAAUCUUGCAGAGUUCCAUCCGAGCUGGAUGACGCGAAUGAAAGAUGGUUUGUUGGGAAAACUUGACUGUAAUGUUAUUCUUGUAAACUGGCCCAAAGGAAGCUUACCUCCGUAUGCUCAGGCCACAGGGAACACUCGUCUGGUAGGAGCCAUGAUAGGAGAGCUGAUUAAGUUCCUCAUUUCUCAGACCCAAGGUUCUGCGGACCUUUUCCAUGUGGUGGGAUUCAGUCUUGGAGGUCAAAUCGCUGGUUACACUGGUAGUCAUUUGAGGAAGGCGGGAAUAACCUUAGGUCGGAUUACAGGUAAUAACUAUCCAUGUGUUUUUCCUAUUUUUCGUGCUGUGUGAAACAUUGCAAGGCCCAGCCCACCCUUUGUACUUGUACUACAUGACGGCUUGAAAAAGAAAUAGAUCGUCUAAAAAAAGGUCCGUGUAGAUGGUAACCACGUUUAAAAAAAAAAAACUGCUAUAAUCAGCGUGUUUGCCUUGAGGGAUAUGGAAAGCAGUACUGCUCUUACUUUGAAUUUCUGCAACUCUUAACUCCUUUCACACCAAACGUUUGUUGACAAUUAAAGGAGAAGUCAACCCGUCAGUUUAAUUAAAUAUUCAGCGUUCAGCAUAACACGUUUCACCUAAAUGUUUCAACAAAUUAUGAUUGUAUGACUGUAGGACUAGAUCCAGCAGGACCACUCUUUGCUUCAACUCCUCCAGCGGUUCGACUGGAUCCCAGUGAUGCUACAUUUGUUGACGUCAUUCAUACGGACGCCAAGCGAUGGGGAAUAGAGCAGCCUUGCGGACACAUAGAUUUCUAUCCUAAUGGAGGGGUAAACCAAGUGGGCUGCCUUGAUGUAACCACAGGUAAUUUACCCUCCGGUUCUUUUUCUUCAAAAAAAUUGCAUCGAAACUAAAAUAUAAAGGACGAAGGACUUUGAUUUUACUUUUCAAUUAAAUCACAGUAUUGUUUUCAAAAUGUUUUGAAAUUUUAGGUUACUAUCUGCAUCAUGAGACACGGCAAACCUAAAGGAUAUCUCGUCUUAUUGCGUUAAAUAUUUAGAAACGUUAUUGCGCCGUUCUAUCCGCCUGAUCCGUUAAGGCGCCUAUGGACCACUUGCUUUUAAUUAACGGUACUAUCAAGUUACUGAUUUUAGAACUGAUCGUCUGUUUCAGAAUGGGGACCCCUCAAUCCGGUCGUGUGCGAUCACUUUCGCGCCACAGACUAUUUCAUCGAUUCGCUGUCACCAAAUUGCACGCAUGCCAUGGAAGGAUUCCCUUGCAGUAACGCUGAUGAGUUUGACCGCGGUCGCUGUCUUAAAUGCAAUGGAAAGUGCCCUAUCAUGGGGUACGAAGCUUUGAAGAGUAAAAAUCAUCAAAUUCAUGGAAGUCACUAUUUAUACACUGAAAAAAGCUCUCCAUUUUGCGGUAAAUACCAGCUAGUUAGUUUU